UCUUUCUCCGACUCUACCUCCUGUUCAGCAGUUUUUAAUGUUCUCAGAAGCUUCUUUCUCUCUCGUCUUCUAGGUCGCGACCUCUGGCCCACCCAUCACUCCCAAAUUUUCUUAUAUUUUUCUUUUUGACUCCGAUCGCGCUCUUCCUCUUUCUCAGUCCUUUCGAAGAAAGAAAGAAGCACCCAAAUCCGUGCACUAAGAUCAAGGAAAAGCCAUGGCGACAUUGGAUUCAGAUGUGCCUAUGGUUCCGGUAGGCGAGGCUUCAAGCAGUGCAGGUUCAUCGACCAAGAAGCCCAAGCGAUUUGAGAUCAAGAAGUGGAAUGCUGUCGCUCUCUGGGCCUGGGAUAUUGUUGUUGAUAACUGUGCCAUUUGCAGGAACCAUAUCAUGGAUCUCUGCAUUGAGUGCCAAGCAAACCAGGCAAGCGCCACAAGCGAGGAGUGUACAGUUGCUUGGGGGGUUUGCAACCAUGCAUUCCACUUCCACUGCAUAAGCCGAUGGCUCAAGACCCGCCAAGUGUGUCCAUUAGAUAAUAGCGAGUGGGAGUUUCAGAAGUAUGGUCAUUAGAAGCUUCAUGUGGUUGGGCGUUGGAUCUUCCCUGAACUUCAUCAAAUGUUGGAUCUUCCGCACACUUUCUGCUAUGGUGAUGCCGGCGAGGGUCCUCACCUGUUGUGCCUAUUUUCAUCCUUCUACUUUGUUAAUUCAACUGGAGCCCUUAUAUUUUUGUUAAGCAUUCGGCUGCUCAGGCGUCUGAUUGUGAAGUUCCUACAGUCAAAUUUGGAACUACCUAACCUUUUAUUAGGAUUAAGCAUUAAGCUAUAACUUUUGGCCUAUAUCUCGGUUUGCUGUCAUGCUCUCUUUCCUAUAAAUGAUCAUUUUAUCCAAAAUAAACUGUUCUUUUUUAAA